AUGUCCAGAGAGCGACUAGUGCUUGAUGAUGGCCACAACCUUUUAGUGUUAGCCAGGUUGGAGGCAACCGGCUUAAAGACAGUAAGCGGCUACUCAUCUGCAUACGACGAUAAAUUUCCCGCAACGCUGGACGGAACCAUCUCACGACGGGAGUUUAAGUUUUGCAUUGAUGUACUCAAUCAGACAGUUGAAGAUUACUUUCCGUGUCUACCGUGUUUUGGAUGUGGAUACUUAUGGUGCAUUACAACCUGUGGAAUUUCACUCUGCUUGUCAGACCCUUGCACCAAACAGCUAUCUGACAAUAUGGAGCUUGUGCUACGUCGGCUUAAUAACAGAGAAGAACUGCUUUAUCGAGGUAUCAUCUGGAGUCUUAAGCGAUCCAGACGAAAACACACAUCUUGGAUAGAAAUCUCUCAGCUCGUGUACGAGUGA